GAAUGGGCCUGCCCGGCUCCCCACGGCAGUGGGUCCUGCUGCUGCUGGGGCUGCUGCUCCCCCCUGCCGCCCCCUUCUGGCUCCUCAAUGUGCUCUUCCCCCCGCACACCACGCCCAAGGCUGAGCUCAGUAACCACACACGGCCCGUCAUCCUCGUACCUGGCUGCCUGGGGAAUCAGCUGGAAGCCAAGCUGGAUAAACCAGAUGUGGUGAACUGGAUGUGCUACCGCAAGACAGAGGACUUUUUCACCAUUUGGCUGGAUCUCAAUAUGUUCCUACCCCUUGGGGUAGACUGCUGGAUUGAUAAUACCAGGGUUGUCUACAACCGCACCUCUGGGCGCGUGUCCAACGCACCCGGUGUAGAGAUCCGUGUCCCCGGCUUUGGCAAGACCUACUCUGUCGAGUACCUGGACAACAGCAAGUUGGCAGGUUAUAUGCACACACUGGUACAAAACCUGGUCAAUAAUGGGUAUGUGCGGGAUGAGACCGUGCGGGCUGCCCCCUACGACUGGCGGCUGGAGCCCAGUGAUACUCUGUAUGGGGGGCUUGGGGCAGGGGAGGUGGCCCCUAACCCAGCUGCUGACCUGUCCACCCUGCUGCGCCAGCAGGAAGAGUACUACCUGAAGCUUGCUGGGCUGGUGGAAGAAAUGCAUGCUACUUAUGGAAAGCCGGUCUUCCUCAUUGGGCACAGCCUUGGCUGCCUACACUUGCUCUAUUUCUUACUACGCCAACCCCAGGCCUGGAAGGACCGCUUCAUUGAUGGUUUCAUCUCUCUUGGAGCUCCCUGGGGUGGCUCCAUCAAGCCCAUGCUAGUCUUGGCCUCAGGUGACAACCAGGGCAUCCCGAUCAUGUCCAGCAUCAAACUGAAAGAGGAGCAGCGCAUGACAACAACCUCCCCCUGGAUGUUUCCCUCCAGCCACGUGUGGCCCGAGGACCAUGUGUUCAUUUCCACCCCCAGCUUCAACUACACAAGCCAUGACUUCCAGCGCUUCUUUGCAGACCUGCACUUUGAGGAAGGCUGGUACAUGUGGCUACAGUCACGUGACCUGCUGGCAGGCCUCCCAGCGCCUGGUGUGGAAGUAUACUGUCUGUAUGGUGUGGGCCUGCCCACACCCCGCACCUACAUCUUUGACCACGGCUUCCCCUACACGGACCCUGUGGAUGUGCUCUAUGAGGAUGGUGAUGACACUGUGGCUACGCGCAGCACCGAACUCUGUGCCCGCUGGCAGGGCCGCCAACAGCAGCCUGUGCACCUGCUGCCUCUGCCUGGGACACAGCACCUCAAUAUGGUUUUCAGUAACCAGACACUGGAGCACAUCAAUGCCAUCCUGCUGGGCACCUACAGAAAUAGCACCCCAGUAUCCCCAAGCACCAGCACAGGGACCCUUCCCCCUGAAUAAAGACUUCUUUGCU